AUGUGUAGAUUCCUAAUAUUCAAAGGUAAAGAGCCUAUACAGUUGUCUCAUCUUUUAACUAGGCCUGCACACUCUAUUAUCAAUCAGUCUUUUGAUAGUAGACUACGAUUGGAUACACGCCGACCAAUGAAUGGUGAUGGUUUUGGUGUUGCUUAUUAUCCUAUGGAUGAAGAAUUGAAAAAAGAUGGGCCAUGCACUUUUAAAGCCAUCACUCCAGCAUGGAAUAAUGAAAACUUAAAUGUUUUGGCUGAAAAAACUAAAACUGAUUUAGUAUUUGCACAUGUUAGAGCUUCGACUUAUGGUAUUUUAAGUGAAACAAAUUGUCAUCCUUUUAAUUACCAUAAAAUUAGUUUUAUGCACAACGGUGGUAUAUCGAAUUUCAAGCUUAUUAAGAGGAAGCUAAUCAAUUUUAUUAAAGAUGAGUACUUAAAUUUUUUACAAGGUAGUACUGAUUCAGAGUGUGCAUUUGCAUUGUUUUUAGAUACUUUAGAUAAGAUGGGGAUUGAUACCAAGCAAAAAGACAAUAAGCCUAUCGGAGACGUAGCUAUGAGAGAAGCCCUAUUAAAAACCAUUGGGUAUUUAAAGGACUGGGCAAACGAAUCAGUAGCAAAAGCUCUUGAAAAAGGUGGUGAAGAUGCUGCAGGAAUCUCUUUAGAACCAUCAUUAUUAAAUUUUGCUGUAACAGAUGGCGACAAUGUAGUUGUAUCAAGAUAUAUUGCAUCUGCUACAGAUGAAGCACCUUCCUUACAUUUCAGUUGUGGAUCCAAAUUUGUUGAAGUGAAACCUGGUGAAUAUCGUAUGGAAAGAAGGGGUCGUGAUCAAGCUGUUGUCAUGGUUGCAAGUGAGCCAUUAACAUUUGAACGUGGAGAUUGGACAGCAGUUCCUACAAAUAGUAUUUUAAGUAUACGGAAACAAACUAUUUUAUUACAUCCUAUUAUUGAUGAAUAUUAUAGAGCUAACCCUGGCCAUGCUCGUUCUGCUGCGUUAGCUGAAAACUUAGGUUUAAUGGGUACCGUACCAGUUGCCUCCAGAGUUGAAAAGAACGUUCCUCCAUUAGAGAGAGAAGGGAGAAGUAGACCUAGCCAUCAUACUAUGUUUGUUAAUUCUUAA